CCCCGGGGCCCUCGUCCACCGCCCCGCGAGAUCGCAGCGCGCGCGCUGGCCGGGCCGAGCCCCCGGUUCCUCGGGACCAUGGCGCAACUCCAGACGCGCUUUUUCACGGACAACAAGAAAUAUGCAGUAGAUGAUGUUCCCUUCUCAAUUCCUGCAACUUCUGAAAUUGCUGACCUUAGUAACCUCAUCAAUAAAUUGUUGGAGGCCAAAAAUGAGUUACACAAACAUGUGGAGUUUGAUUUUCUUAUCAAGGGGCAGUUCUUGCGUAUGCCUUUGUUCAAACACAUGGAAUUGGAAAACAUCUCAUCGGAAGAGGUGGUGGAGCUCGAGUACGUUGAGAAGUACACGGCACCUCAGCCACAGCAGUGCUUUCUCCACGAUGACUGGAUCAGCUCUGUCCAGGGCGCCGAAGAAUGGAUCUUGACUGGUUCUUACGAUAAGACUGCUCGGAUUUGGUCCUUAGAAGGAAAGUCUAUAAUGACCAUUGCGGGACACACCGACGUUGUCAAAGAUGUGGCCUGGGUGAAGAAAGACAGUCUGUCUUGCCUGCUGCUGAGCGCCUCAAUGGACCAGACCGUGCUCCUGUGGGAGUGGAAUGUGGAGAGGAACAAGGUGAAAGCCCUACACUGCUGCCGUGGCCAUGCAGGAAGCGUGGACUCCAUAACCGUGCACAGCUCUGGCACCAAAUUUUGCAGUGGCUCCUGGGAUAAGAUGCUAAAGAUUUGGUCUGCAGUCCCUACAGAUGAAGAAGAUGAAAUUGAGGAACCCACUGAUAGACCGAGAAAGAAACAAAAAACAGAUCAAUUGGGACUUACAAGGACUCCCAUCAUGACCCUCUCUGGCCACAAAGAAGCUAUCUCCUCUGUUCUCUGGUCGGACACUGAUGAAAUCUGCAGUGCCUCUUGGGACCACACAAUCAAAGUGUGGGAUGGCGAGUCCGGUGCCCUGAAGACAACUUUGACAGGAAAUAAAGUGUUCAACUGUAUCUCCUAUUCUCCGCUGUGUAGACGUUUAGCAUCUGGCAGCACAGAUCGGCAUAUCAGACUGUGGGAUCCCCGAACUAAAGAUGGUUCUCUCGUGUCGCUGUCCCUCACCUCACACAAUGGCUGGGUCACAUCCGUUAAGUGGUCACCAACCCACGAGCAGCAGCUGAUCUCAGGUUCCCUAGACAAGUUUGUCAAGCUGUGGGAUACAAGAAGCUGUAAGGCUCCUCUCUAUGACCUGGCUGCUCAUGAAGACACAGUUCUGACUGUAGACUGGACAGAUGCAGGGUUACUCCUAAGCGGAGGAGCAGACAAUAAAUUAUAUUCCUACAGAUACUCACCGACCACUUCCCAUGUGGGGGCAUAAAAGUAAAUGACAUUUGACAGUGGAGACUCUAGAAAGUGAAAAAAGAAUACUCAGAUUACAACGAAUUCAGAAAGAAACUUGUGUGAAUUAAACUAUUUCACCCUUGAUAUAA